AUGGGGCCUAGACUUCUGCAGGGGGCAAUUGUUGCUGUGUGUCUUCUGGACCUUGUUCUGCCUUUGACAAUUUUACACACUUUUAGAGACCCAGAAGAUAAUAGUUUUCAGCUAAUGGCACUGCAUGAUUCAACAGGAGCCCUAUACAUUGGCGCUACUAAUCGCCUUCACAAACUGACAUCCGAUUUAAAUCUUAUUCAGAGUGCAGCUACAGGACCAAGGGAGGAUAACCCAGAAUGUCCGCCACCUAUAUUACCGUGUGAAAAGCCCAAAAUGGCCACAGAUAGUCUGACGAAGGGCUUGGUCAUUGACUCGGAUCACGAUUCUGUGAUCCUGUGUACCAGUCUUUUCCACGGAUCAUGUCAGAUAUUGAAGCUUAGCAAUAUCACUUCAGUAACCAGCUUCGCUCAGAAACCAUCCGUCCCUAACGAUGGGUCUUCUUGCGUGAUGUUCCUUGCCCCGGGACCUCAGAACGAGACGAGCCUGUACAUCGGAGCAGAGUACAGUCCAGUUGGCGACGAAGCUUACAGAGAUCUAGUCCCUAGUAUCAGCAGUCGGGACCUGAAAACCUUGGAGUUAGCAUACAGAGACAAAGAAGGUGGAACAAAGAUGAGCAUUAAACAAGAUAUUCGCUCGGAAUUCAAAGUCAGAUUUGUGGCAGGAUUUUCAUACAGUGGAUAUGUCUACUUCAUCACGGUUCAGCCAAAAGGGUUAAAGUCGAAGGAAAAAGUAACGAGAAUAAUUCGAUUGUGUCAAGGUGAUCGCUACUUCAGGUCGUACAUUGAAAUCCCUUUGGAAUGUCAAGACACUUCAUCUUCUAGCACGAUUGUAGCUCAGGCAGCAUCUCAAAUGGAGGAUGGUAGGCUGGUUGUGUCCUACUCACCAGAUGGUAGUAGCGUACGUGCGUCAUCGUCUGUGUGUGUUUACCGCCUGGAGGACAUUGAUCUGAUGUUUGCCCAGACUGUCCAGGACUGCUACAAUGGACAGGGCAAGGUUGGUCCUGAUCACUAUGAGACCAUUAGGACAUGCAUGCGUACG